CUAUUGUUUUGGAACUUCUCCAACUUGUACUUAUUGUGUUUCAUUUUGGCUAGUUGAGUUUACCAUUGUUUAUUCCAUUCCUAAAAGGCAUUAACAAAAUUGAACAAUAGUUAUGUACUGGGGACCCCAUGAUGGAAAUGCUGUGCUUGCAAGAGAUAUGAAGAUCUACUUGUGGAUAGCACUGAUUCUGGUAGACUAGAAGAAUCACGAGUACAGUUGGAUGAGCUUCUGGUGGAGGAUAAACUCACUGGAGUACCCCUACUAGUGUUUGCAAAUAAACAAGACCUAGGGAUGGCUUUAAAAGCUGAUGAUAUCAGCAACGAUAUGAAGCUAACUGAGCUGACUGACAGACGAUGGCAGAUACAACCAUGCUCGGCCAAAACUGAAGAAGGGAUUGCGGUACACAACAAUCCACUUACCAGUCGCUUAGGCUGGAAGGACAAGCCACCAUGUUGGAGUUUCUCCACAGAGUUGAAUUUCAACCACGAGGUUUAGUCGCAAUCAAUCGCAUGUGCAGAAAUAGUGAGCCCCACCCCCUUCUUCUGUUUUGAUACAUCUUCAGGUUUCAGGCUGGAAACAGAGUUGCUGAGAAUGAGAUUUAGAGAAUUGUUAGGGUUUUCUGAGCGAGCAGAGUUCUUUAACAGCUACAAAGAUGACUUCAACUUUGAUGUUGUCAGCAGGGAAGACAGUGAGCUGAAGGAUGAAGAACUGAAUUUCUAUCGAGAUAGUCCUGACAGCUUCUACAUUGUACCAUUUGCUGACGCCCUGGACUUGGUUCAGAGCAGACAAGUGGUCAUCAAGAGUGGCGCUGUGUACAUACCCGUCAACAAUGAGGAAAUGAUUGCUCGUUUGGUGUGCAACAAGUUCAGACAGAAGCUUUCUGAGGAACUAGUGAAGACCCGCAACCACCUACCAGUGGUGGAUGAUGAUAAGAGGAUUGCUCCCAUGCUCAAGACCAUCAAACAUUGCUACCUUGGUGAGGACUUCUCCAGUGUGCAUGGGAGAGAAUCUGCAGGGAAGCAUCUCACUGGCCCAGAUUGACUUCGUCUUGAAGCAGUCCUUUCCUCCCUGUAUAAGACCCUGCGCAAAGAACACCAUCUGAGGCACUUCGGUCGUCUACAGUACGGACUGUUCCUCAAGAGCAUUGGACUCACACUGGACCAAGCUAUGGCCUUCUGGAGAGCAGAGUUUGUCAAGAAAAUGGAACCAGAGAAGUUUGAGAAGCAGUAUGCAUACAAUGUGAGACACAGCUAUGGUAAAGAGGGCAAGAGGGCCAACUACACUCCCUACAGUUGCCUCAAAAUCAUUCUCUCCAACAAUCCAGGCCAAGGAGACCAUCACGGGUGUCCUUUUCGUCACUGGGAUGAUUGUCACAUUCGACAGAUGCUCACCACUCAUGGAGUUUCACAUAAAGGAGUCACUAACAUCACCGCCUAUCUGAAGGAUGACCACUACCAACUAGCCUGUCAGAAAUACUAUGAGAUCACUCAUGCUAUUGAAGCUGCCCCUUUCAGUUUGGAGCACCCCUCUCAGUAUUUCCGGGAGAGCCGAAUGCAGCGUGGGGACACUGGUGGUAAACAAGAGACAAGACUGCCAACUGUAAAGACUGAAGUGAAAGCAGAGGAUGAUUUUUGUGGAGAUAUAUCAAUUCAAGACAUGCAGAACUUUGAAGAAGAAAUGGACCAAUUCUAGCUAUAUUCUACCACCAGUUAUAUCCUACCACCUGUAUGUAUACAACAUGCUCUCUAGUAGUAAACACUCUUUGAUCCGCUGUGUAUACGUUUUUGUGUUGCGUGUGUCACUUGCACUUGUCAUUAGCGAAAGAUCAGUUCUCUGAGUCACUAUACUAUAAUGACAAGCAGA